CCUCUCUCUCUCCUUCCUUCUUCGUAAACAACUCUUCCAUCUCCCACCUCCCAACAUUUACAUCAAAACCCUCAAAUCCCCAUCUCCCUCUUAUAUCAAAUCAAUAUACAAUUUACACUUUCAAAUCUUCAAAUAAAUUCAUAAUGGCCUCCACCACUGCCACCGAGAAGCCUUCCUACCUCAUCUGGGGUGGAGCAGGAUGGGUUGCCGGUCACCUCAAGACUCUCCUCGAGAGCCAAGGCAAGACCGUUACUACCACCACUGUCCGCAUGCAAAACCGUGAGGCUGUCAUCGCUGAGCUCCAGAGAGUCAAGCCAACUCACGUUCUCAACUGUGCUGGUUGCACUGGUCGCCCCAACGUUGAUUGGUGUGAGGACAACAAGGAGGAUACCAUCCGCAGCAAUGUCAUCGGCACCUUGAACUUGGCCGAUUGCUGUUUCCUCGAGAAGAUCCACUUGACUGUCUUCGCCACCGGAUGCAUCUACACAUACGAUGAGAAGCACCCCAUCGGCGGUCCAGGCUACCUCGAGACCGACAAGGCCAACUUCGAUGGCUCUUUCUACUCCGAGACCAAGGCCCACGUUGAGGAGGUCAUGAAAACCUACCCAAAUGUCCUCAUCCUGAGACUGAGAAUGCCCGUCAGCGACGACCUCCACAGCCGUAACUUCGUCACCAAGAUCUCCAAGUACGAGCGUGUCGUUGAUAUCCCCAACUCCAACACUCUCCUCCACGACCUGCUCCCUGCCUCCAUCCUCCUUGCCGAGCACCAGGAGACUGGCAUCUACAACUUCACCAACCCCGGCGCCAUCUCCCACAACGAGGUCCUUACCCUCUUCAAGCAAUACGUCCGCCCAGAUUUCACCUGGAAGAACUUCUCCCUGGAGGAGCAAGCAAAGGUCAUCAAGGCCGGCCGCAGCAACUGCAAGCUUGAUACCACCAAGCUGAUCACCAAGCUUAAGGAGUACAACUUCGAGGUCCCAGAGGUCCACGAGGCGUACGCACAGUGCUUCCAGCGCAUGGCCAAGGCUGGCGUGCAGUAGAGGGAGACAAAUGAACAGCUAGAAAAACUGACUUAAUUGGUUCCGCCUCGGAGUUUAUUGAUCAAAAGCUCUAUUGAUGUCUUCUACUUUUGUAGCUAGAAUAAUCUGACUUUACCAUCACAAACACACACGGGCUGAAUGGCACUUUGGACUAUCUCCCCCGACCAACACCUCUCCUGACUUAUGACCUGUUGUAUCUACUCAGUGACUAACUAAACCUGAUCUUGCCGACCUAUCCAGAGCAAUCUUUGCC